AUGACUUCACUCAUUUACUGCACAGACCCUAAAGUUAUUAAAUCAUUAUUCACCAAGUAUGACUCUAAAAAACUAGGACACAUUAGCAUGACAGAUUUAGGACAACUCACCUCCGAUUUGGGUUUCAAUUUUGACCAAGAUGAACUUCUCGCCUUGUCCAUGUAUCUCGACAAAAAUUCAGAUGGGAAUGUCACUCUCGAUGAAUUUCAACAAUAUUGGAUUAAAAUUGCAUCUGCUCAUGAAUUAACAGUCUUGGAGAAGAGAAUGGAGCUAUUGACACAAGCAGCAACCAUGUUUAAAAAGUAUGAUACGAAUGCUAAUCGAGUGUUGUCUUCGGAUGAGUUUGAAAAAUUCUACAAGGAAUUAUAUCAACACCGGAAUGAUGCGUCCAUGCAAGAAGUUCAACAAGCCAUGCAAGGUUUGGAUUUGGAUAAGAAUGGAGUGAUAAGUUUUCAGGAAUUUAUCAUUUGGUUGAAUUGGUUGAAUUUGAAUUAA